AUGGUUGUUGCAUCCAACCAACGACGCGAUGACGCCAACGACACCCCGGAAAAGAGCCGCCAAGAGUUGCGAGCGGCCGUGCUAGAGACCGCAAAUCGUAGCACCGACUCCUUCGACGUGUCGACGCCGGUAUCCUCUCGAGGGGACGAUGCUCUCCCGGAGUCCCCGAGCUGGCCCGAGCCCCCCGUUAUCCAACUCGAGGGCGAGGCCGCGGCCGGGGAGUGGGACUUCGUCGAGGGCUUCCGGUGUCCCAGCCGGCCGCCGGGCGAUGCUUCCAGCACGUUGGCUGUCGCCAACCACGUCGUCGCCGAGCCGUAUUCGAUUUCGGAGCGGAAGAGGCUGCUGGUUCUCGGCAACAUGCCCAUCGGCGAAACCGAGAGCAGCGAGCUCGAGGCGGCCCAGCUGGAGCAGCACGCGUCGGCCCGCCUCGAGAACGACAAGCAGACCCUGAACCAGCUGCUCCAGGCGGAGCGAUUGGCGGCGAAGAAGGCUGCGGCAAAGACGGCUACCGCUGCGAGCGCGACCCUGAGUCCACCGCAGGCGAGCGGAGCUGCGGCCGGCACCCAGUGA